GGCAGCCGAGGCGUUAUAAGGGGCGUCAGGGCCAGGCGGGGAGGCUGGGCUGGAGGUUGGUGGCAGCAGCGGGGCUCCGUGGCCGGAGCGUCUCGCGAUGACACGUGGGAAUCAGCGUGAACUUGCCCGCCAAAAGAACCUGAAGAAGACUCAGGAGAUCCACAAAGGGAAAAGGAAAGAAGAUAGCUUGUCUGCUUCUCAGAGAAAACAGAGAGACUCUGAAAUUAUGCAGCAAAAACAAAAAGCGGCUAAUGAAAGGAAGUCUCAGCAGGCAGAAGUGAAAUGAGCUGCCUGCAUGGAGAAGUGAACCCAUGAAGCAGAAGGACCUAGAAGAUCAUUUGUAAAAGUCUCUGGCCAUUAAAUGACUAAAUGUCUGUCUUGCAGAGUGGUUCAACUAGCAUUAGAGUAUUUUUCUGAUUAGCAUAGGUUUCGUUGUCUGGAGUGCUGGUUUGAAACUGCCUACGCUCUUCUGCAUGUGUAUGAAUAGAAGUAUCAAGCCAUA